AUGCUUCUGACUGGCAAUGUAAUUGAUCGCCUCGAUUGUACGUUCGGAGCUGUUGACGCCACAUUUUGUGAAGUUGAAAACCCAAUCGCCUUUGUCAUCGCAGGAAGCGUGGGUAUUGCAGGGGAUGAACCAGUCGACGUUGUUGAUUCUGAUAGAGAGCUUAAGUCGGGCAGGUGUAAGGAGUGGGAGAAUGUUGAUGAACAGUCUCCUAUGUUGCCAAUGGUUGUCGUGGUGUCUAAGCCGACCUCGUCUGAGGGCCACGUUCAGCCAUGCCUUUUUCUCGACAGUCUCUGUCAUCCGAGCAUGGCAGGCACAGGAGGCGUAUGCACAAAUGCUGCCAGUCGCAUCAAGGAGUCCGUGACGCUAGCGGAACAUGAGUUCGUCAUUCAGCACCCGGCAGGACAUCUUCCACUCUCUGUCAAGACUGAUGACUGCGAAGAUUGCAAUGGUGCACCAAGUUUUGAAACACUGGGUUUUAUGCGCACUGCAAGAUAUAUCUUCCAGGGAGAUUUAUUCAUUCCCUCAGACUUGUAG